AGCACAUCUGGGCUCGAGACUCGAGCUCUGUCCGAGUGUAUUCCGCGAGUCGUUCAUGCGUCGAGGUGAGCGCUUCAGCCCUCCAGGACGUCGCCAUGUAGGCCUGGCCGGGCUGCGACCCCGGCAGGGCUGCCCGGGUCGGUCGCCGAGGCCGGCGGGGAGAAGGACCCGCCCAAGGAGGAGGCCGCCGCGCAGGAGUUCCUGAGGCGUCGCGACCUGGCAGCCGCGGGAACAGGACCUGCGGGGCCAGAAGCCGACAGCUUCCACUGGAGCUCGGAGGCCGAGUUGGAGGUGGCGUCGCCUCCGGGGCCAGCGGCAUCCGAGGCCCCCUCAUCGUCGGGAGCUGCUCCAGGACUUCAAGAGUAUCGUCGCCGCCAGGGGCUGGGGCAGCAUCGGCGGCGGGCGCCCAGGCGAUGCAGACGGGGCCCGCGCCGUGGAAUGCCGCAGCGGCCGCGGCCGCCCGGCCUCCUCCAGCCCCCUCGGGGUCGCCGCCUCAGCAGGGCCCCGCAGCGACGGCGGCGGCCGGAGCGACUGCGCAGCCGGCGGCAUCUCGCCAAGCAGAUCGGCCAGGCGCCGCGGCAUCAGCGGUUCCGAAGAAGCCGCCUCCGAAGUUGCCGCCGGACUGCCAGCGCUCUCGAGAGCGCGCCCAUCACUACGGAAACCAGCAUGGACCAGGCGCCGAGUGCAGCCAGCGCGGCGAGCGCCUUGUCUGGGCGACCAAGAGCAGCCGCGACGCGUCUGGGGAGGAGGCCCCUCAGUCCGCAGCUGGCGCGGCCCGGUCGCCUGCGAAGUCGGCCCAGCAGGCAGCGAACAUCCAGGAGGGAUUCCAACAGCGGCAUCAAGGCAUCACGCGCAUCCACCACACGCUGGGAGCGAUGGAGGACUUCAGCGAGAAGCUGGACCAGCUCCAUGAGGGCGCCCACUCGGUCAGGCACUCGGCGGCGAACCUGGAGGUGGCCGCAGGGCAGCUCGGGCACAUGAUGAGCCAGAUCGGCGCCGCCACGAUGGCGCUGGCCCUGAGCGCCGCCCAGACCGGUCCCUGGGCGCCCAGCCAGCCGCCGCCCAGCCAGCUAGCGCCAACAGAAAGUUCGUCGGGAAGUGGAGCCGCGGGAUCUCAGGACGGAGCCCCGAACGGCGAACCGACGACACUAUCUGCCACGGCCAGUCCGAGCACGACGCGGGGACCCCCACCGAUCCCCCAGGACACGUUUCCAGACUCGGGGGUGACUCCCAAGUUCUAGCGCCGGGCAUGGACGAGCCAGACAGCGCGAGGAUGUCCUGCCGUCAAGGGCAGUCGUUGUCUCUACGCUUCACUCGGCACGCUCGAUGCUGCAGCGCUUCAGACAGCACCGGCUGCGGGAA